CCGGUGGGUUUGGGGCCGAGAGGGAUGGAGGGAUGGAGGCGUGGAGGGAGGGGCCGCAGGAGCAGCCGUCGCGGGCAGCGGAGGCCCGGUCCUCCCCGGGGAGGCUGGAGGCUGGCAGCCCCGCGGCCGGUCCCCGUGUCGCAGUGCUAUUCCUGCCACAUCAUGUCAGGAGACAGCGACUGCACAAGGACAAGUCCAUCAGCAGGGUCUCCAUCCGACAAUGAAUUCUUGCCGGAUCGGCCCAAGUAUGUUUGCUCGCUGUCUCCUGAUCUCAUUACCAAAGCCCGUGAAGAGCUCCAAGAGAAACCUGAAUGGAGGCUCCGCGACGUGCAGGCACUCCGAGAUAUGGUGUGCAAAGACUAUCCCUCCCUUGGGACGUGCCUGGACGAUGCUUUUUUGCUAAGAUUCCUCAGAGCCAGGAAAUUCGAUUACGACCGAGCGCUUCAGCUUCUGGUGAACUACCACACCUGUCGGAGGAGCUGGCCCGAGGUCUUCAACAAUUUGAAGCCGUCCGCAAUAAAGCCUGUCCUAGAGUCUGGUUUUGUCACUGUGCUGCCUCGUCUGGACCCAGAGGGACGCCACAUCGUCUGCAUCCGUCCAGACAGAUGGACACCCAGUAAUUAUCCGAUUACUGAGAACAUUCGUGCCAUAUACUUAACGUUAGAAAAACUCAUUCAGUCCGAAGAGACCCAGGUGAAUGGAAUUGUAAUCCUGGCAGACUACAAAGGAGUCAGCUUAUCUAAGGCGUCUCAUUUUGGUCCUUUUGUAGCCAAAAAAGUGAUUGGAAUUCUUCAGGAUGGAUUUCCCAUUCGAAUAAAAGCUGUUAACAUAAUAAAUGAACCUCGUAUAUUCAAAGGCAUUUUUGCAAUCAUCAAGCCUUUUCUGAAGGAAAAGAUAGCAAACCGGUUUUUUCUUCAUGGCUGUGAUCUGAAUUCCCUUCAUCAAAACAUUCCUCCAGUGAUCCUGCCUGAAGAAUACGGUGGUACUUCAGGGAAGCUGGAUAUAUCAGCAUGGAAUGAGCUGCUGCUGGCCUCUGAAGAGGAUUUUCUGCAUGAUUUCUCACAGCUGGUACUCCCAUGUGACAGCUCUCCCCAAGACAUGCUAGUGAGUGGGGAUGCUGAUGAAAAACAAUGUGAUGAUUCCCUGCGAGGCAUGAAACCUCAGCUCUACUACUGUUAUUAACAAAUCAGUGAAGGGAACCUUUCCAGCAGUUAAGACCUCUUCUGUUCUGAUAGGUGAUGUUGUGAACUCUGCCUUACUCCUAAACCCGCAGUUUAGGAACAGACUGCUGAGGCACUUUACACUAUAGAACCAAAGCAAGCUGAAGAGGGCACAAUGGGGGCAGGGCAGAAUUCACAGAGGAAAAAGGCAAAGAGCACAUAAUUGCCGAGUUACAUAGAAUACCUAAAGUUCAUUAACCUCUGUGGACGAUGCAAACUUGCCUGUUGCUUCUCAUGAUAAAGACAAAAAUGCAGGAUGGUAAGCUUGAUAGUUUCGUCUCCCCGCCCACUAAAAUUGACAACAACCAUAUGCUAGCUUUGUGACUGUCCAUUCCCUUCCCCUUCUAAAAACACACAAUAAUCCAAAAAAAAACAA